AUCCUGGUCGCUGUGUGUAAAGUUGCGGCGCUGCGGUCGACGUCCAGUGUCUUGUCAGUCACAGACACACCAUCAUUGUAAGUCUCCAUCACCAGAGUCAACGAGCAUCAUGAGGUACAGGGUGGUCACUACUUACCUCAUGUACCUGCUGUUGGUGCCAAGCCUGGCUCAACAGUUAACAGCUCGUGUGGUCGGUGGUACAGCGGAGGCGGGACGUCUGGAAAUCUUUUACAAUGGAGCUUGGAACACAGUGUGUGAUAGAGAUUUUGGACAGGAAGAAGCUUUGGUAGCCUGCAGGAUGUUAGGAUUCAACAGCACAACAGCAGUAGCCGUGGGGUCAGUCAAGUACGGAGCAGGCUCUGGUCCUAUUCUGUUCAGUGACCUGCGGUGUGUGGGGAACGAAACCAGCCUGGCGCAGUGUAAAUACUCGGGGCACUACACACACAACUGUUACCACUCGCAGGAUGUCGGCGUUAUGUGCAACAUUACUCAAGAGUUCAGAGCUCGUGUGGUCGGUGGCACAGCGGAGGCGGGACGUCUGGAAAUCUUUUACGACGGAACUUGGAACACAGUGUGUUAUCACGGUUUUGGAGAGGAAGAAGCUUUGGUAGCCUGCAGAAUGUUAGGAUUCAACAGUACAACAGCAGUAUACGUGUGGUCAGCCAAGUACGGAGCAGGCUCUGGUCCUAUUCUGUUCAGUAACCUGCGGUGUGUGGGGAACGAAACCAGCCUGGCGCAGUGUCAACACCUAGGGCUGUACAUACACAACUGUGAACACUCGUCCGAUGUCGGCGUCAUGUGCAAUUUUACUCAAGAGUUCAGAGCUCGUGUGGUCGGUGGCACAGCGGAGGCGGGACGUCUGGAAAUCUUUCACGGUGGAACUUGGAACACAGUGUGUAAUUUCGGUUUUGGACAGGAAGAAGCUUUGGUAGCCUGCAGAAUGUUAGGAUUCAACAGUACAACAGCAGUAUACGUGCGGUCAGACAAGUACGGAGCAGGCUCUGGUCCUAUUCUGUUCCAAAACCUGUAUUGUGUGGGGAACGAAACCAGCCUGGCGCAGUGUCAACACUGGGGGCUCUACAUACACAACUGUGACCACUCGUACGAUGUCGGCGUCAUGUGCAACUUUACUCAAGAGUUCAGAGCUCGUGUGGUCGGUGGCACAGCGGAGGCGGGACGUCUGGAAAUCUUUCACGAUGGAACUUGGAACACAGUGUGUGAUGACGGUUUUGGACAGGAAGAAGCUUUGGUAGCCUGCAGGAUGUUAGGAUUUGACAGCACAACAGCAGUAGCCGUGGGGUCAGACAAGUACGGAGCAGGCUCUGGUCCUAUUUUGUUCCAAAACCUGUAUUGUGUGGGGAACGAAACCAGCCUGGCGCAGUGUCAACACUCGGGGCUCUACAUACACAGCUGUGACCACUCGUACGAUGUCGGCGUCAUGUGCAACUUUAUGUAAUGUUAUAGGCUCUUCUGUAUGGGGACAAUGGGAGACCUGGUCAGCUUGCAGCGCCACCUGCGGAGACGGGUCAAGGUCACGGCGGCGCCCGUGCAGCCG